AAGCAGAGGAUGGUGGAUGGCAGAACAAGGACUAUCAUCAAUGACAUUUUCUUCACUGAGCCCACCCCACAAAUGAGCUCCCUUCCUGUGCGCUCUCACAGCUCCUUGUCGUUGAAUCUCAUAUCACUGAUGGUAAUUUGCAGAGGAAUAAUUAAGUUGGUGAUUCACUUUAGGAUGUACUGCCCUCCGAGGCUGAAAGCUAAACACAUAGAGCCCACGUUACGCCCAGUACCACUUAAGGAACUAAGGAUUAGUCACUGGCCCAAUGAAUGCAUCAGACACUCAGCUUCAGUUCCCAUGGCAACAGGGGCUAAUGGCCUAGAGACUAAAGAUGAGACAAAGAGAAACGCAGAGAAAUGUGCGUGUUCUGUCUUCCUCUGAGGUACGCAAGCCCCUAUUCAGGGAUUGAAAAGAACAUUCGCUUUAGUUCUACCCUGCCCUCCCCUCAAUGCUGGGUGGAGGAGGGCAGAAACGCAGACGGGCCUGACAUGAAUCCAGAAUUUCUACAUCCUCUCAAUGCACCUGCACGGUUUGGAGACAGGCUUCUUUGUCCCCAAGCCAUCAUGUUACCAACGAUGUAUUGUACCUGCAAACCAUGCCUGUGGAACCUAGGAUUCCUGCUACCCCAACUCACUUUCCUCUUUACCACCCUCUAGCCUCUAUCAUAGUAGGGGAGUUUUUUCAGUCAUUCCUGUUUUCUGACAGAAAGUUCCAGCCAGCCCAAUUUCAGAAGCGCUGUCUCAGGAGGGCUCCCUGAUCCUUCCUGCCAGAGUCACACAGGACACACCUCCUCCCUCUUCUCCUCUGUGGCCUGGGAGACCUCUGCCCAGACCAUGGGACAAGUUCCUAGGGCUCCCCCUUCCUGCCACACUCCUGUUCCGCCAGGGCCUUGGGGAGACUCAGACGAGGGAGGUUUCUGAUAGUCUCCCACUUCUGGAAGCAGCCAAACUAAUGAGAGGCCUCUUGCCUGCCCCUCUUCCUGAGAAGCCCACCACCUCCUGUGUAUUGACUCCCCUUACCAGAGGCUGGACAAACAGGGUGCCAGGCAGGACAUGAGAUGUCCCACACUAGAAAUUUGUGAUAAACAGCAACUCAAAAGCUGGGCAUAUGCCCCCAACUUCCCCUCCCUUCUUUCCAUUUAUUCCAGUGAGUCUCAGAAGUCCCUUUGUCCAGCUGCACUCUCCUCUCCUGGGACCCAGCUGCCCUCCAUUUCCCAUGUCCUGGAACCCCUCAGUCCAAAAUAUCUGAGUAAACUCGUCUUCACUGCAAUGGUGCAACCCACACCCACAGCCAUGCCCUACGCCAGAAGGAACCACAUGAAGUUCUGCCCAUCUUCCUGACCUCCACGGAUGUUGCGCGACAUCCAGUCUCCUCUGGGUCAGGGGGUUUGUCUCAUAUGCACUCCUGAGUGCCCACCUGCCAGUGACUCCCCUGUGUUUCAUACCCCUCUCGGGGGAUCUCAGAUCCACUCGGCUCCUGGUCUCUGUCUGGAUGACCACGACCAGUUUCCCUUGGAGAAGGACCAAUGGGGAAUGGCAAUGCCAGGAAGGCAACGCUUCGCUUGACUGCUCUGCUCCUUAAAUCCCCAAAAGCACCACUCACAGGACUGUAGACGCUAUGCCAGUUACAGACUUCAGCGAAGGGUCAAUAGUGACUACAUGAAAUUAUAGUGGAACAAACUACUAGUGAGCGAUGGCUAAGCAUCCAUGCUGCUAGAAUCCAAAAGGAAUCACCCAUCCCCUGCCUCCCACGGAAAAGAUAAGGUCUUCUGAGGACAUUCCAUUUCCGGUGAAUUCCCGUUCAUGGCUUUUCUUCCUGUUUUGAGCACUGCCCUUUUCUCUCCCUGGAAAGAAGGAAGUCCCUCCAUUAAUCUGCUUCAUUGUAGGGAUUUCUUUAUUUCUCAGUAAUGGGAUCUGUCUAUGUCUCCACCUCCCUGUGAACAUAUGAACACCCAGAGACAAUCACCAAACACUAAGGAGCUACGAGUGUCACAUCAUAAUCCCUCACCUAGCUCUGCGCAGUGGCCCACACCUAUAACCCCAGCUAUGCAAGACACCGAAGCAGGAGGAUUGGUUGAGGCCAGGAGUUGGACACGAGCCUGGUCAAUGUAGCGAGACCUCAUCUCUAAAAUUAUAAAAAUAGAAAACA